AAGAUAAUCGAUCGUUCAGCUACACAAAAGCAGGGCAUGCAAGAAUUUGCUUUUAGGAGGACACGACGAGAGGGAAAGUUACGUUAACAAGGACAACUACAAGGAGCUUUCAGGGGUAAUUGCACGUUACGAUGCUUUACUUGCUGAACAUGUGGAACUUUCAACUGUCUUUUCUGGGAGGUUGAAAACAAUUCCGAAUGAUUUGAUAGCUUCCAUCGCCUCCAGUAAAAGAUAUUGUGAAAGGCUAUACCCAUUCACUAACACAGUCCUAAGCGGGAUAGCACAAAAUGAGAUGCAGAGACGUGACUUCAACAAAAAGAAGGAAACUGUAUUGGGUGUUCUUUCAACUCUCCCCAGGGCAGUACAAACAAAGGCCCGUGUAAGGGCUAUCUAAUAAAAAAAAAAGUACUAGUGGGUACUAAAUGCAAAACCAACAGCUUGAGCUGAACCUAUAACAGGGAAUCAUGGUGCUGUGGAAUUCGCCGUAACCUCCGGCUCGUAAUCAUUCUGCCUCUCCUCUGCCCCUCAGUCAGGUCCUUAAAGAUUACGUUUCAACAUUGCCUUGUCCCAAGAAUUCUCACUUCUUAGAAAAUACGAAAUAUUUUAGGGAUUCACUCAUGCCCCUUUUCAUGAUGGCGCUAACAUUAGCCACAUGAGUGAAUGCUAGCUAGCAACCAGCGCCCGGUUUCCCGAUAGCAAUGGAACUUAGCCUUACGAGUUUUUUAACAAUGCAUCUUUGCUACAAUGGCUGAUGGAACAUGCGUUUCCCAAACCACCACGCAGAGAGAACGAUGGCUAAGUGCGUCGGUUGGAAGAUGUGGAUCGAAUAAAAAGGAGCACUGCUCUCAGAUCAGCUUUCUCCAUUCAAAUAUUUCCUUAACAUUACAAUUAUUUCACAAUACUGAAGACGGAUCAGCUCCUAGUGAAAGAACCACCUACGGCUGCAAAUUGAGGCAGCUUAUUCUAAUGCUUACCCAAUAAAAAUGCAGUAAAUCACCGAUUUGGCACAUAAUUGCAAACAUGUUCAACUAAACUUGGUCCCGUGUGGCUCAGUUGGUAGAGCAUGGCGCUUGUAACACCAGGGUUGUGGGUUCAAUUCCCACGGGGGGACCAGGAUGAAUAUGUAUGAACUUUCCAAGUUGUAAGUCGCUCUGGAUAAGAGCGUCUGCUAAAUGACUUAAAUGUAAAUGUAAACAUUAUGAAAUAUAUUGAGACAAAUGACUGACAGUAGCAUAGAAGUCAAUUGAAUAUGAUUGAAAACACCUAUAGCCUGAUCUUUAUUUUAACACAGUCAUCUCAGUUUUCAUUUGAAACAUUUUUAUAUGUAGCUUGUUUUGUAUAAAUUGCAAAGACAUUGGCAACUUCGUAUUUGUAGUCAACUUUGUUCUAAAGUUAAUGGCUGUCACAGGGUUUUCACUAGAUAGCACAAUCACAAAUUCAAAAUUGGCUACAUCGUAAAAAUGGAUUAAAACAAAUGUGCCAUUUGCUCUUACUUGAAGGUUAGGGUUAGGCAUAAGGUUAGUAGUGUGGUUAAGAUUAGGGUUAAGGUCAAGUUUAAAAUAACAUUUUAAGAAGAGAAAUUGUAGAAAUAGGCAUGGUUUAUGGCUGUGGUAACUAGUGACGACCCUGUCGCAGAUAAACGACUCAACCAUGUGAUUCCAUGUAUAGUGGAGAUCUUCUGUGUAUUAAGUGGGCAAGAAAGCAUCUAACAAAGUUAACGAUGGUUUUGGGAAACAGCUUGGAUAUUUGACUAUGCCCCUACGAAAGUUCUAACAAUGAAUUUAGCCUUAAAAUGUCUUUGGGAAACCGGGCUCAGGACAUUAAGCUAGCCCAAACCAACAACACAAACAGACUAUAAAACUACAAAUAGUGAGUCGAGUUACAGACCAUACUACACGAGUUAAGGAUCCGCCCCUUUUUUUCAAUUUUUGCCUAAAAUGACAUACCCAAAUCUAACUGCCUGUAGCUCAGACACUGAAACAAGGAUAUGCAUAUUCUUGGUACCAUUUGAAAGGAAACACUUUGAAGUUUGUGUAAAUGAAAGGAAUGUAGGAUAAUAUAGCACAAUAGUUCUGGUAAAAGAUAAUACAUAGAAAAAAACAACCGUUCUUUUGUAUUUUUUUGUUCAUACAAUCUUUGGGAUGCAAGAGAGGCCAUAAUGUAUUAUUCCAGCCCAGGUGCAACUUAGAUUUUGGCCAUUAAAUUGCAGCAGUGUAUGUGCCGCGUUUUAAACUGAUCCAAUGAACCAUUGCAUUUCUGUUCAAAAUGUUGUAUCAAGACUGCCCAAAUGUGCCAAAUUUGUUUAUUAAUAACUUUUCAUGUUCAAAAUUGUGCAGUCCUCAAACAAUAGCAUGGUAUUAUUUCACUGUAAUAGCUACUGUAAAUUGGACAGUGCAGUUAGAUUAAUAAGAAUUUAAGCUUUCUGCCAAUAUCAGAUAUGUCCUGGGAAAUGUUCUUGUUACAUACAACCUCAUGCUAAUCGCAUUAGCCUACGUUAGCUUAACCGUCCCGUGGAGGGGACACCGAUCCCAAAGAAGUUUUAAAUGUCUUAUCUGUGAUGUAAUUUUUUGCACACACAUAGCUUUCACACACAAUGACUUUGGCGGUGUCAUUUACAAAAUAGCCUCCAACACUUUACUUAGUAAAUUGGAUGUAGUCUAUCACAGUGCGAUCCGUUUUGUCACCAAAGCCCCAUAUACUACCCACCACUGCGACCUUUAUGCUCUCAUUGGCUGGCCCUCGCUUCAUAUUAUCGCCAAACCCACUGGCUCCAGGUCAUCUAUGUCUUUGCUCGGUAAAGCCCCGCCUUAUCUCAGCUCACUGGUUACCAUAGCAGCACCCACUCGUAGCACGCGCUCCAGCAGGUAUAGUUCACUGGUCACCCCCAAAGUCAAUUCCUUCUUUGGCCGCCUUUCCUUCCAGUUCUCUGCUGCAAAUGACUGGAACGAAUUGCAAAAAUCACUGAAGCUGGAGACUCAUAUCUCCCACACUAACUUUAAGCACUAGCUGUCAGAGCAGCUCACAGAUCACUGCACCUGUACAUAGCACAUCUGUAAAUAGCCCAUCAACAUUCUCCUACUGUUAUUUAUUAUUUUGCUCCUUUGCACACCAGUAUCUCUACUUGCACAUUCAUCUUCUGCACAUCUAUCACUCCAGUGUUUUAAUUGCUAAAUUGUAAUUAUUUCGCCACUACGGCCUAUUUAUUGCCUUACCUCUCUUAUCUUACCUCAUUUGCACACACUGUAUAGACCUUUUUCCUAUUGUGUUAUUGACUGUAUGUUUGUUUAUUGACUGUAUGUCUGUUUUGUGUCGCACUGCUUUGCUUUAUCUUGGCCAGGUCGCAGUUGUAAAUGAGAACUUGUUCUCAACUAGCCUACCUGAUUAAAUAAAAGUGAAAGAAAAAAAUAUGUAGCCUACUUGGACACCGUGUCCCCACAUUUCCCAGUCUUCCACACGAGCCUGAAGCCACAGAGCUCUUCUCUAUGGCUCUAUGUCCCUAUGUUGGAGCAUUGCGAACCAUAGGUCGGGAUUUAUGACCUGGUUACGUACAGCAUAUUGAACAACCCAAAGCACUUUUGUCAUUUUUUUGGGUUAUUUCUGUAUAACAAAACAUCUAUGAAGAAGUUGGGGGUUACAAUGGGGGUAAAUGGGAAAGAAUUUGUUUCCCCCAAUUUUUGGUUUAGGGGAAUUGACUCAACUUUUCAAAGGUUUCUGAUUUAAUGUUAUCCAUUCUCACAUUCUUUUAUUAUGUUGUCUGAAGCUGAAGGUUUAAUGUAUCCUUUGUUCACAGACCUUAGCCUUUUCAGGACCAUAAGGACGUUUUGGUUGGGGUCCCCACCCCACUUCGGGACCUUAGCUGUUGGGCUAGUCACUGCACAAGAUUUUUACUACCUGCCGACAAACGUUUGCACCUCUGAAAAGAGGAAUUGGCACUCAUUGGAAAUGACAAGGAGUGGAAUGUUAACUAAAGAGACUGGUACUCAGGCUACUAUAGGCCGGUACAAUAAGUAAACUAUGAAAGUUGAAUACAAGGUCAUUGUGCGAUAAUCCAAGUUUACUUUUUAAAGUUGACGGAUGGUGAUACAUACAAGAUAUGACACAAACUAAAUGUUGAGUUUGGCAGUACAAAAUGUACAGUACAAGUAUGACGGCAAGAGAAAUGAAUGAAUAUUACAAUGAAAGAAAUCAGAUUAUUUUCAGUCCAGCCAGCAUGUUGGCUAGAUAAAGAAUAUGCACUCACUAAAGGAGUGGUUACAAGUUUUAAUAUAAAAAGGAGUGAGUGCAUCACUGUACACUUCCAACUGAAUACAUGAUGGGUUUAAUCAUGGCAUUUUUUCUCUCUGCAGCUCUGCUGUUGCUGGUUCCUGGGAUCCUGACUGAAAAGGAACAUGGAUCAAACCCCAUCAAUUUGACGAUAGUCAACAGCAUCUCCAAUGCACCCAAUGAGACCUACAGUGCUGACGUUGUGUUCAGGGGGAUCCUACUCGGUGCCAUGAGGAGACUGCAGCAGACCAAUUCAGACUUCAAGUUUACCUACACAGAGGACCCCAACUAUGGUCCUUUCCUGGAGAGUGUGAAUGGUGUAGCCGGGGACAAUGCUGAGCACACUUAUUGGGAGCUCCUUGUUCAGACUGGGAAGAGCGGAUCCGUGAUCAGACCUGACGUGGGUAUUGGCUGUUACAUCCCAGAACCAAAUGACCGCAUCAUCCUGAAUUUUACAAAAUGGUGAACAUUCAGAAGCGCCUGACUGAUACUGUUUUAUUUUAAAAAGUGCUGUUGUGCAUUUUAUUACAUGUACCAUAACAGGAAAUAAGUAUGGUAGUAAUGGUCAAUCUUAAGACUGUUUAGAAUGAAAAAUAGAGUUUCACCAUGAUAUUGUUAUAUACCCAGACUACUGUAAAAUAACAUUCCAUUUGUAAUUACUGUGUAAAGGUUAAUAAAGUACAAGUAGCUAUGGAGCACCA